AGGAAUUAUAAUGCCGCCUUCCCCGGUGGUGUUUCAAAAUGCCGAACAGUUUUGAUACCGCAAAGAAAAACAUAGCGUAAAAACCACUUGAAAUAAUAAGACAUAACUUCCUUAUCUUAUGCCCCGCACAAGACUACUGGUCGUCCUUACUAUUCGAAAUUUUAGUACAUCACUUUAUACAUCAUUUUCCACUCUGAAAUAAACGCAGUACAACUAGAGCUCUCUGCUUUAAAAAUUUAGCAAGAGAAAACAAGCAGGAUGUUAAUCUGCCUGUCAACAUCAAAACAGCAGGUCCGGGUCGUGAUGACCAACCUCUACGCCCUAGCUCUCCCCCUAACUUUUCUCCUCCUCGCGCUCGCUCCGGGCGUGGUCGAGGGGGUUGAUGAGCACGGCAAGGUCGGGAGGAUCGGGGAAAACCAAAAUGCCGCGAACAAGGAGAAAAUUCUCAACGGGAUGGACAUUCGGAUCGUCGCUCCCAUGGAAGUGAAGGUGGGGAACCAGGAGUGGGUUUGGGCAAUCACUUUUUUGGUGUACUCCGCGGUGGUGGGUGAGGUAAUAAUAUUUUUACUAGGCUUUUUUAUUUCACGACAUAAUUCCUCAAACCGCAUGACAAACUCAUCUAUGCAUCGCAAAAGAAGUAGUUGUAUCGUACUAAGUAUAAAUCGCAUGACAAAUAAUUUUCUUAGCAUGAAAGAUGCAACCGUUUGUAAUGCGGAUUUGCCUUGUUGCGAAUUAUAGCAUUUGUAAUGCAGAGUAUGAAUAGCAUCGAAAACCUACCUACCUUAUCAGGUCGCUCUGAUCAUUGGUGUGAUUGGGUACGGCAUCUAUGUCGCGACGGGCGGCAAAGCCGCGGCGGACGACGAGGCCGAGAGCAAGAAGCUUUUUCUGAAGGAGAAGGCCAAGUAUGAAUGGUACAAAAAGCAAAAAAUGGCCGGCGAGAUGCAGCAAAUGCCCGGAGGUAACGUGAACAUGAUGAACAUGAACGCCUACGGCGCCAUGGGCAAGGGUGGACCUCAGCCUCCGCAGCCGAACUUUUACAACAUCAACGAGCAUCUGAGUCAGGAUCAGGGGUACGACAACUACGCAGCGGCCUACCCGGCAAACCCCUCCGCUGUAUCCAAGAAGCAAAAUUGUGUAAAGUGUAAGUCUGUAUCUGUAAUGCAUAAGUACGUAACACAACUUUCACAUGUGAUGCUGGCCAGCCAUAGUGUCCUGUUAUUCCGAGCGAUUUUUUAUAUUUCACGUACUAGCUGUGCAUGACAGGACUUCUCUGUCAUGCAGAACACCUACUACAUCACUCACACAGUUUUUUUCUUGGAUACGCUGCAGAAGCACAGCAGUACCCGGUCGGGGAGGAAGCGGGAGGACUGGUAUCAAACGUAAAAAUGUCUACUGGGUCUGGAAGAGUGCGAACUUGUGAUGCUGCAUUUGGAUUCUAAAAAAAUCUGCAUUGCAUGAGCAGCAAAGGGAAUGCAAUUUUGGCUACGCGGAGAGGGCAUUUGUCAUGCGGAAUAGGUAUCACGAAGCCCUCAAAAAGUCUGUGAUGCUAGGGCAUGCAUCACAGACAUCGUGGCCCAGGCAAAACGUGCAUGACAAGUUUCAAUAUCUUCCAGCCCCAGACAUUUUUACAUUUGAUAACUGGCUGCGAUCUACAAGUCGAACGUGCAGGAACCCUAUUGUGAGGAAAAAUCCCCCGACGUCCCCAUAUCGAAAAAGUAGUACGUCGCAGAGAAUUUGCAAUGCUGAUUUUUUGGGGUCACAAAUCAUCUCUGUCUUGCAAAAAGGCAACUCCACAGACAACCGCCGCAUACAUUAUGCAGGCGGUUUGUGAUGCUGUUAGGCCUCCAGCGCAGACGUUUCCCAUGCUGAGCGCCUAGACCAAAACCGCUCUACUUAGGCUUGGCGCGGGCCUGCAGUCUUCUUCAGCAAAACAAAUCUGAUUUGUGUACGCAAAUCCAGCAUCACAGACUUCGUUUCGAUAUGGGGAGGGGGGAUUUUUCAUUUUGAUAAGCCCGGCACCCGCACCACCAAGCAGCAGACCGUCGCCCUUCGGGCUUCCGCCGCCAACGCAGCGCCCCCUGGCGCAGGAGGUGGUGAGAGCGCGGCCGUGCUGCAGGGUUUUGCGCCGGCUGCUGCCUCUAGUACUAGCAGGGCCACGAACGCAAUGGCGGGCAAGAAAUCGGUAGGACAAGCUGGGACCACUGCUGGGGAUGCAACGGGUGCGACUCCUGCGCAGAAGAAGUCGAACAUAUCAAGCAAAAAAGUGUUAACGCUAGCGGUUUUGUUCUUGAGGCAUCGCAGUGAUGCAUGACACAUUUUUGCUAUCGUGCGUGCUAUGCAAUACAAAUUUGGUCGCUUGGCCGCCGUUUCUCAUGCAUUUCUGCAUGCUAGAUUCCGUUAACGGUAACACUUUCUCCCGUCAUAGAACAUCAUGCAGUUUUACGACGACUCCCACAUUCUGAACAAUUACGUUGCUGUAUGACAGUGGACAACUUCCCCUCGUCCCCCUCAUUUGUCAUGCAAAAUACCAAAUCCAGGCUUUGCCUCUUGGCACUGCUUGCAUGACAAACUCCGGAAGCCCAAACUGCACUCCUGGACAAAUUUGUCAUGCAAAACCGGCACUCUUUCUGAAGCUUCUACUGCCGUUCAUGCUAUACGAAUGAGGGGGAGGGGGGGUUGUGCCUUAUCAUAAGCUGGCAGGCGGGGACCCAGCGCGCUUGUUGCCAGCGACACGGAAGAAGACCAAGGAUUCUCCACCAGCGGAGGCGAGGAAAUGGUGUGAAGAGACCACGGCUGAAGAUGGAAACAACGACAACUUCUAGUGGGGAGCAGAGUCAGUAGUCUAGUCGUUGCACUCGUAUCAAAGCCUUGAUGAGGUGAGCAAGGCUCAUCUACAUUCGUUACUGCAUGUUUAUUUUCCUGUAUUUCAAAUUUCUUGUACUAUAUGAAAAAACCUUAAUCUUUUUCUUUACGUUUAUCAGCUUCAUCAAUAAGAAAAGACGUAGACGAUUUGCUCUACUACAUAAAAACGCAUCUGAGCGGCGCGCAUAGCUGUCGUCCUAGCGCUUGUUUAUCCAAUAAGCGUGGCAGCUUUGGUGUCUCAUACAUUAGAGAAGCAGUCAAAUUUCUCCCCCCAUAGAAAAGAUGUCAUCAGUUGCAUCAAGAAGAAGGGCUACAUAAUUAAAUCUCUAAGAACGAUAACAGUAGACAGUGCCAAUAUAGUAAUCCCAGAACAUCAAGUUCAAGUAGGCUCGACCACGACCAAAAAGAAGCACAGAAUUUGUAGCUUGCCCCCGCGUAAAAAUAAAAGCAUCAACAUUUUGCAGACCAGGCUACAGUUACACACCGGUCGACACGACGAGAUUUUGAAAAAAAACAAAGGUGCUGAAAUAAACUAUCAAAGGGCAUGAGCAGGCUGCGUGUCUCAAUUCUUGGGCCAAU